CCUGUCCUCGGAAACCCAGGAGGCAGCCCGUGAGCAGGCAUCGAGAUUCCACACGCGCCCCACCCCUCCCCGCCGGCCCGCAGGUUGCCGAGCUGGAGCAGCUGAGCGGCUGGACCCCUUCCUUCCCACUGCCCGACACCCAAUCAGAGAGAACCCGAUACGGGAGGGCAGGGUGCCAGGGGCCGGGCCCAGAAUAGUGCUGCCCAGAUACAGUGUUGCGCACUUGCUCCUGGAGCCCGCCGGAGCCGGAGCACGCGCUGCGCAGGACCCCCUCCUGGAGCAGCCUCCUGGGACCUGAGCACCAAGUAACCAAACAGGCCCCAUUCCCCCUUCCAGAGAUGAGCUUCCUAGAGCAAGGAGAUAGCACUUCAUGGCCGUCACCAGCCAUGACCACCAGCUCAGAAAGAAGCCAUGGGGAACAGGGGACCAAGGCUUCAAGAUGGACAAGGCAGGAGGAUGUAGAGGAAGGGGAGCCGCCAGGCCUGGGGGAAGGUCUCCAGUCCAGGCCAGCUGCUGAGUCCACCGGGCUGGAGGCCACAUUCCCCAAGGCCACACCCUGGACCCAAGCUGCUCCCUUGGCUGGGGUGGGCUCCCCCACAGCAGAGCGGGACAUCCUCCCCCCUGACUGUGCAGCCUCAGCCUCCAGCUCCAGCACAGACGAUCUGGAUGUGGGCAUAGAGUUCUCAGCCACAGCAGCCUGGGGCGAUGAGCUCGGCCUGGUGGAAGAGAGGCCGGCCCCAUGCCCGUCCCCGCAGGCACUGUUACCCAGGCUGAGCUGGGACGAUGAGCUGCAGAAGCCAGGGGCCCAGGUCUACAUGCACUUCAUGCAGGAGCACACCUGCUACGAUGCCAUGGCAACCAGCUCCAAGAUAGUCAUCUUCGACACCAUGCUGCAGAUCAAGAAGGCCUUCUUCGCCCUGGUGGCCAAUGGCGUCCGGGCGGCACCUCUGUGGGACAGCAAGAAGCAGAGCUUUGUGGGGAUGCUGACCAUCACAGACUUCAUCUUGGUGCUGCACCGCUAUUACAGGUCCCCCCUGGUCCAGAUCUAUGAGAUUGAAGAACAUACGAUUGAGACCUGGAGGGAGAUCUACCUUCAAGGCUCCUUCAGGCCUCUGGUCUCCAUCUCUCCCAGUGACAGCCUGCUCGAAGCCGUCUAUACCCUCAUCAAGAACCGGAUCCACCGCCUGCCGGUCCUGGACCCAGUCUCAGGCGCUGUGCUCCACAUCCUCACACACAAGCGGCUGCUCAAGUUCCUGCACAUCUUUCAGGGCACCCUGCUGCCCAGGCCCUCCUUCCUCUCCUGCACCAUCCAAGAUGUGGGCAUCGGCACGUUCCGAGACUUGGCCAUGGUGCUAGAAACGGCACCCAUCCUGACCGCACUGGACAUCUUUGUGGACCGGCGCGUGUCUGCACUGCCUGUGGUCAACGAAGCUGUUCUAAAGUCUCGAUCAGGACAGGUCGUGGGCCUCUACUCCCGCUUUGAUGUGAUUCACCUGGCAGCCCAACAAACAUACAACCACCUGGAUGUGAGUGUGGGAGAAGCACUGAGGCGGAGGACACUGUGUCUGGAGAAAGUCGUUUCCUGCCAGCCCCAUGAGACCUUGGGGGAAGUCAUCGACCGGAUUGUCCAGGAGCAGGUGCACCGGCUGGUGCUCGUGGAUGAGACCCAGCACCUCCUGGGUGUGGUGUCCCUCUCCGACAUCCUUCAGGCUCUCGUGCUGAGCCCUGCUGGCAUCGACGCCCUCGGGGCAUGAGAGCACCAGAGUCUUCACUCUUAGGCCACCUUCCACACCCGGAAGCCAGCGAAGGGAGCCGGGGACUCGGCCUUCACCUCCCCCCACCCCCCAUUUGCUGGUUCGGCUCUCGUUCAGCUGAGGUGAUGGAGGCCCUCAUAAGAGGGGUGGACAGGGGCUGGAGGCAGUGAUGUGACUUCAGGGGCUCCCAGGAGAUCGACCUGCCCUUUCACAAGUCAAUUCCCGCCUGCUUGGACUUCCACUGGAAGGAAGCCAGUUACCAAACCUGGGCUGAGUGGAAUUUCCACACUCGGCUUCUGCAGCCCUCCCCAAUUGCCCUGCCCUGCCUGUGCUCCCAGAAGACCUCAGGAAUGCCUGGUCCACCAUGGAAUGAUGAAAUUAAGAACAGCUGAGUCAAGCCUGGAGCUCUCUGAACCAGAGGCACUAGGAUUACCCCAGGGCUGACUGAUUUGUACCACCCACACUGCUCUCCCCCUACCUGGCCCCGGUGGGGUGGGGAGCCCUCAGUCCAUGGGUUCAGGAAGGGGUUCUGGAUUCCUCGGCUUCUGGACUACCUGACACCCGUGCCCCCAGCUCCUGGGGGUCCCAGGUGUGCUUCCCCCAUGGAAACUGCCCUAGCGGUUCCUUACAACUUUGCCACUGCCCUCCUGCUCCCCCAGCAUUGCCUUUCAGGGCUGCCUAUGGGUCCCCACAGAGCAGCAGUUUUGUAGAGCUGCCUGUUGGAGAGGUCCCCCCUCCUUUCUCAUCCUUAGCUCUCACCAGCAAGCAGUGUUCUCAGUCCCCAGGGAGGGCCUGUGUUUGGAUAACUGAGGAUGAACCAUCGAGAAAACAAAAAGAAAAAGAACAGCCCGUGAACUUAGAUUUUAUAACUUUCACUCAGAAAAUGCUAUGGUCAUUUGAUCUGAACCUGCGGCGAGAUCCCUGCCCUUUCUGAAUUCAAUGACACCUGAAGGAAAAUCUGUAAUUGACAAACACUGCAAGUGGCGUUUCCUUUUCUUGUGGAGUGUUAUUCCACCGAAAUUUCUUUUUCAUCUUUUAUUUACAGCAAAACUCUAAAGAAAAUGUUACUUACAUAGUGGGUACAACUCAGUCCACAAACUCUAAUAUGUAAGAAACGUAACUGAAUUUUUCUAACACUAAAUGUAAUUUCUAUUACGAACUCCAUUUUACCAGGUUGUAGAAAUUAGUCUCAGCCAAUUUGGGGUUCCUCUCCCACCUAUUCUUGGGGUUAAGUUCAGUGAUGGGGGGAGGCUUUAAGUGGUGCCAGACUUUUUUCCUCAGCCGUCAUCAUCCACCCGUACCAGCACCUGCUGAAACAUCCCCCUUCCCAUGUAGUCGUCAACUUGGUUGGUCACCGGUGGGCAUGGCCCCUGCUAGGUGCUCCCUCACUCCCUACCACGAAGCCUCUUUGGGCCUGCCUGCUCCUGGGGCAUAGGGACAUUCUAGCUCCUGGCCCUGUACCCCUCUGGACUUUAGGAAGCUCUGUGGGGCUAUCCCAAGCCCAUCUGCUGAGACAGACAGCAAGUGGUCUGGUCUACCCUGUGUUUUACUGUUUUCCCAGCCUCUACACAGGAAACAUGGGGCCCAGGGCUCUUCUACCCUUAUCAUCUCCAAACCUUUCUAGGGUAUUUGUCAUACUCCCCUCUCACUUCAGACACAGCUCCCUUGUCAGGGCCCUUUUCUCAGGGCCCCCCCCAAAUGUCUACAGUCUCUUUGCUUCCCCAAUACCCAGCAGCCUGUGGAAUUUUUACGCAGUAGGGAAAGAGGGGGCCUUUUUCUCUAGCCCAUCAUAUAGUCUUCCAAAUCCAUUGUACGUGUCUUGAGUUCUUGCUACCUACCCUGUUGAGUCAGGCUUUUGAAAUUCCAAAGCCAAGACUGGGCUUCUGCUGUGUCACCCCCUCCCCCGUGAUAAUGACACUGCAGAUCUGCUGUCCAAGGGAGAGAGGGUAGGUUAAUAUUUCUAAAAUAUGAUCUACCCCGUUUACCUCACAGACCAACAGAGUGGGGCCAUCUGUGCUUGAUGAGUCAGGCAGUAAGUGAAGGCAUUUUCUCAUAGACACUCAACUUCUGUUUCCAGUUGUGCCAUAACCAAUAGGUCAGUGCUGGCUCUGCUCUGGCCCUACCUGGGAAGGUCCUGGGUUCAAGUGGGAGGAUGGGAUGGGGGUGCCCUCAGGGCUGUCUCAAGUGAUAGUGUCCUUGGGGAGCCUGGGGCGGGCCGUCUCCACUGGCUCUAAGCAAAGUGUAGCAGGGUGUCUUCGAGGCGCUGUCCCAGGUGGCUCUUUGUGUGAACAGUAGUUCAGCUGUCACAGCACAGGCUGUGGGUGGAAAGGGCAGCCUGAGGAAAGCACUCUUUCCCCUUCUGCUCCCGUUGAAAACAGGUAAGUUUCCACCCUCCUGGACACCCCCCCAUCCAGAGGACCCAGCAGUUUGCCCCCUCAGGCCCUUAUGUGAGGGACUGUACUACCCUUCUGCCUCAGAAGCCCUGCUCUGACCACAGCCCAGCCCUCAGCUCUUGCCCAGCCCUCCCGCCAUGGCUGCUGGAAGAGAGGCCAAGAGUUGCCUUGGGAACUGCAACCACUCCCACCCAAGCGCAGAAUGAAAGAGUGAAACCCUGCCCUGCUGUCCUGUCUGCUCAUGCGCUAGAACCUGUUCUGAUCAAGUUCUCCCGGCAUCGUUUGUCCAACUCCUCCCCUGGCCUCCGAGGCCCCCCGGAGGUUCUGUGGCCUUCGGGCUAGAUUCCCAUAGCCUCCUCAGCAUCACCCGUCUCUCCUCUCCCUACCCUCUCAGUAGUUCUCAACCCUGGAUGUGCAACAGGAUCACCUGGGAAGCUUUAUAAAAUGCAAAUUCCAGGGCCUCCAUUCCUGGAAAUACUAGUUUCCUGACUUGGGCAUGGAACCUGGGCAACUGUAUUUAUUUUCUGUAGAAACUAGAGAUUUACGAUGACUAACACUUGGAGCAUGACAGCAUGCUGAGAAAUAAGGAUGCCUCCUUCUCAUGAUUAGUAAAAUCAUUUGUCACUUUA